CCGUUACCCCCAAAAGAUGAGGUGUUGUUUUUCGCUCGUCGGUAUAAAGAUGACGAGGACGAAUCCGAGAUGGAGGAAGAGGAGAAAGGAAGAGGCGAUAGAGGAGGCCGACGAGGAGGAGGAGGAGGUGAUGGAGGAGGAGGAAGACGAGCAGGAGGUGGAAGAAGAGGAGGGGGAGGAGGAGCAGGAGGAGGAGGAGGAAGAGGAAGAAAAGGAGGGGGAGGCGGAGGAAAAGGAGGAGGAAAAAGAGGAGGUAAUGGAGGACGAAACGGAGGAGGAAAACGAGGAGGUAAAGGAGGAGGAAACGGAGGAGCCAUGGAGGAACAGGAGGAGGAGGAGGAGGAGGAGGAGGGGGAGGAGAAGAAAGAGACAAUGGAGGAGGAGGAAGAGGAGGAAAAGAAGGAGCAGCACGAGAGGACUACUAUGGGCUAGUGACUGACUUCCCUCACCUCCGUUUUUAUUUUUUUUUAACUGAAUCAAUCGAUUGGUUUUCC